AACAUUAACCCCCCUCGGAGGGGUGGGUGGCACGGGCUGGCCGCAGCACCCAGCACCAUGGCGCUCAGCACCCGCCUCACCUCGCCCCUCCGGCCAGCCCUGGCGGCUCUGUGCCGGGGAACCCCCGGGCAACACCGGGGGCUCAGCACCCCUCCCGGCCCGGAGCCCACCCUUGACUUCGGGGGCAUCUUCCCACCCCUCGCCACCCCCUUCUCGGCCCUGCAGGAGGUGGACUAUGCCCAGCUGGAGGCCAACCUGCGGCGCUACGCCAGCAUCCCCUUCCGAGGGCUGGUGGUGCUGGGCUCCACCGGGGAGUACCCGUACCUGGCUCCCCACGAGCGCCUGGAGGUGCUGAGCUGCGUGCGCCGCGCGCUGCCCCGCGACCGCCUGCUACUGGCGGGCUCCGGCUGCGAAUCCACCCAGGCCACCGUCGAGCUGACGGUCAGCAUGGCAGAGGCUGGGGCUGACGCGGCGCUGGUGGUGACGCCCUGCUACUACCGGGGGGCCAUGAGCAGCGCCGCCCUAGUGCGGCACUACACCGAGGUGGCCGAGGCGUCCCCCAUCCCCGUGGUGCUCUACAGCGUCCCUGCCAACACCGGCCUGGAGCUGCCCCUGGAGGCUGUCCUCACCCUGGCGCAGCACCCCAAUGUCAUCGGCAUCAAGGACAGCGGCGGGGACAUCACCCGCCUGGGUCUGAUCGUGCACAAGACGCGGCAGGAGGAUUUCCAGGUGCUGGCGGGAUCAGCCGGCUUCCUGCUGGCGAGCUACGCCGUGGGUGCCUCGGGGGGGGUCUGCGCCCUCGCCAACGUCCUGGGGGCCCCGCUGUGCCAGCUGGAGAGCCUGUGCCGCCAGGGCUGCUGGCAGGAGGCCCGCGAGCUGCAGCACCGGCUCAUCGAGCCCAACGCGGCGGUCACCCGCCGGUUCGGGAUCCCGGGGCUGAAGCAGGCCAUGGAGUGGUUCGGGUACUACGGGGGGCCCUGCCGAGCGCCCCUGGCCCCACUGAGCCCAGCCCAGGUGGAGGAGCUGAGGGGCGCCUUCAGCAGCACCGGCUGGUUGUGAGUGCCCAGCACCCUGGCCCCGCAGCGCCACCUCCCCCUGCCCCAUCCUGAACCAGGGACCACCGGGAGCUGGGGACGUGGCGGGGACACCGGGAUCGUGGCCAGGAGAGCCAUCUCACUCCUUCCUGCUGGACAGGGCUGGUGGGGAGAAAGCUCAGCACCCUGUGGCCACCCUCGUGUCCCCUGGGUGUGCCCCCAGCCCCGCCAGCCCCCGGAAAAACCCCCCUGGGCUCCAGCUGCAGGGAGCAGGGCCUGCAGCCCCCAGCUCCUUGCUGUCCCCAUGUGGGCUGGGUGGCCCCGAGGUGUGGAAGCCCACGCUGGCCCUGCCGCCCUCCAAAGCACCACGAAUAAACCACUGCCUCCCCUCUGU